GCAGAGCAUGGUUUUACAAUGGGUUGCUGUUAUAGUAAAGAAUUAUGCCCACGCAAAAACCUUGAGAGGACCAGCUUGUUCAGUUCAUGUGAAGACCUUGAGAAACCUCCUACUACACAAGAUGAAAUGAAAGAUUUCCACGCAGCCGAAAUCUCACCGACUCCAGUCUCUGUAACAGAACGCUCUUCCUCUACUGUGAAGUGUGCUGCGACAAGUAAUGGAUUGUGUAAGGGUUCACUAUAUCCGUCCUACAACAGUAUGGAUACUGCUGAUCACAUUGGUACAAAACAAAGGGCUCACAAAGCCAGGUCAGUGAACUUUCUGAAUCCAAUAAAUAACGCAAUGAAUGUCCUGUCCAAAUAUGAAAAUUUACAAACCGAAAUUGAAGAAGAAAAAGACUCUCAUCCUAAAAGCAGAAAUAUACAAAAUGCAGACUUAUUUGUGACUGAAGUCUCUGGUUCUGCCGUUGUAGAUGCAUGGCCUCUACAUGACCAUGCAGCUCAGUCUCAUGUGUCACAGAGUACAGAACGCAGCUUGCAGGAAGGUCCUUCCAUAAAAGCAUACGAUUUGGACAGCAGCCACAUCGCAUGGCAGAGCUCUUUAACACAGAGAGAAGUAGAGAAAAAUGCUAAUAACAAAAACCUUUUGGACAGACAUACAGCCAGAAAUCCUAUAACCGAUAACAUGGUCUUCGUAAGUGAUGCAGAGAAAACACAAAUUUCCAGGACAAACACAUUCUACAGUAUUUGUACAGUAGAUGAUGAGGAUCUGAGCGAAGAUGACAAUUUUGAGGAAUCGCAUACAAGAAGGCAAUGUGAAUCUAUUCCCUUUAAGGAUUCAUCUGCUUUUGUGUUAACCAUGGGUGACGGACCAAGUCCACUGGAUUUCACAAUAGAAAAUGCAACCCACCAGCAGAAACGUUUAUCCUCAGCAUCUGUUUCAAGUGAGCCUGAAGUUUUGUCAGAAUCACUUAUGCCAGACUUGCUCUCUUUUGAAACUCCAAUACAAGACCUGGGGAAACGUGGUGACUCUGCACUUCUUAAUGAUACAACCAGCUUGUUGGAAAUAUCUAAGGAUGCUACACUAGAUUGGGAAGUUCAAGAGUUUAGUUCUGGUUUUCUCACCAUUCAAGGACAAGGUGAGUCAGAAACCAUUGAUGGUUCUGCAGUGCUUCAUAAAGGUGAGCGAAAGUCACAAUAUGAGAGUGCACAUGCGCCAUUGUCCAUAUAUAAUACGUUGGCUUGUGAAGUUGCAAAGACAAGUGAAUGUGCUAUUUCUAACCAAUUAUUAGAUGGGACCAUUGACACGUUAAAGGAAGCAUUUGUUUAUACUCCACACACACAUUCUAACCCAUCUACAAGCCAAAGUCCGGAAAGUCCUUCUUUGCAAAUGAAGGUUGAACAUUUGAACACUGCAAAUGACCUUUUACCUAUAUGUAGCAGCUUACAAAAUGAAGACACUUACGAUACCUGUAAAAAGAGUAUUGUAAAUGAUAUCCCUUCUACAGAUCCAGUGAGUCAUUUGCCUUUUGGGGAAAAUGGUUUGUAUGACGUCAUAAUUGCACAAGACAGUUAUGGAGAUGCUUGUAAUAAAAGUCUUGGGAAAUGUAAUUACAUUGCUGAUUUGCCAGAUGAUAAUCGCACAUGUACUAUGGCGUUGGUGGACAGUCUAACGAUGGAAAAUACUAAAGAUGGGAAUUUCGGUGAUUUGGUCUGUUUGUGUGCAGAUAACGAACAGUCUGACGUAAUGGUACAGAACUCCUGCAUUAUGUUGUCCCAAUGUGCAGAAUGUGACCUAGAGUCUGCACCUGUUCUCAUUGCAAACGCUGGUCCAGACCACAGCAAGAUAAUAGAUCUUGAAUCGGAUAAUACGGUAAUCAGUCAAGAAGCUACAGAAAAUUGUGGUGCAAUAGAUGAUAGUAAUUCUGGGGCUUCUUUCGAAAGCCCUAUAGAGGAAUAUCCUGAAAGUAAUCUGUCCGUUCCAAGUCCUAAGAGCUGUGGAUCUCCUAUAUUAGGAAAAUCUGCGGUCUGUGAUAUUGUCUAUUUUGACAUCUCUUCACCCACUAAAAGUUCUAUGGACUGUGAACAUGAAGAAAUUAACUAUACUGAUUUCAAGAACAUAGUACACAAUAUGCAGACCAACUCUAUUGUUAAUGCUGAUCAUUCCAAAAUCCUCUACGACCAUUAUCCCAGAGAUGGUGUUCAGUGUGACAGUACAGACCAAUCGCAAGACAAAAAUACCAGCUUCAGUUUUCAAAAUAAUGUAGUGCAGUCACUAUCGGAUGUAUCAAGUGAUCAUUUUGAUGACGUUGAACAGAAAGGUCCUUUCCCUGAUGUAGAAAUCAGCCUUACUGAGAUGAGUGAUGAUACUGAACUACUUACAGACUGGUCCAAUUAUGAUAAAAGCCAGGUUGAUCAAUAUGCAGCUACUCCUUCUUAUGAAAUCCAUAAACUAUCCAAAGUCUCUGAACAAAGUAAUGACAAAUGUGUUUUGGACUUGAUGCACGAUCUGCUAAGAGAGUCCCAAAGUACAGCGAAGGAGCUAUCUGAAGAUGAGGAGCAGAUCUUCCCUUUGUGCGGUGUUCUAUCUGAUGAACAUUUCAUUGCCCAACCGGAAUAUAAAGUGGAUUACUUAUGGCAUGAUUCUGUAUCGGGGGACCCCUGUUCUAGCCAUGCUUACAGUGUUAUUGAUGAAAAUCUCCAGGCUGCAGAUAUCGUCACUGGGAAUUAUUCAUUUCAGCUACUGGCUCCAGAAAGUAGAAGCAUAUGGGGUUGGCCUGAAAUGUGUUGUGAAUCUGAAUCAGCUAAGGUUUCAGAGUUAAACCCUAAUGCUAAAGUAUGGGGGAAUCACAUGCUGCAUGUGGAAGCAAGUGGUGCUGCUGAUGGUGCUGUGGACCAAUCCUGGGAGGAGCUGCCCGAUGAACCUCCAGAUUCCUCCAAAGAAGGACUGGAUGCCAAUGGUGAUGGUGACAGGAAAGGACACAAUGCUGUGUUAACACAAGACCUAUCUCCAUCAGUUUCUGUGUCAGACCAAACAGAUAUGAAUACUAUAUCUCUGGGAAACUCAGAAUAUGAAUCUAUGCAUGAAACCACCCAUUCAGGAGCAAAUGAUCUACCACAGCCAGAAGGUCAAGAAGACCUGCGCGAUGUGCUUAAAAAAACACUGGAAUUUUGCUUAUCUCGGGAGAAUCUUGCCAGUGACAUGUACCUUAUAUCACAAAUGGAUAGUGAUCAAUAUGUGCCAAUUAUGACUGUAGCAAAUCUUGACCAUGUUAAGAAACUCAGCACUGACAUGGACUUAAUAGUAGAUGUAUUAAGAUGUUUGCCUUUGGUCCAGGUGGACGAGAAAGGUGAAAAAGUCAGACCAAAUCAGAAUCGGUGCAUUGUAAUUUUACGGGAAGUUCCUGAAUCUACUCCAAUAGAAGAGGUCGAGGCUCUCUUCAAAGGAGAAAACUUGCCGAAGUUUAUUAAUUGUGAAUUUGCCUAUAAUGACAAUUGGUUCAUAACAUUUGAAUCGGAAGCUGAUGCACAACAGGCUUACAGAUACCUGAGGGAAGAAGUGAAGACAUUUCAAGGAAAGCCAAUAAAGGCAAGGAUAAAAGCGAAGGCAAUAGCGAUAAAUACAUUUUUGCCAAAGAACGGUUACAGACCUCUGGACAUGAACCUUUACACACAGCAACGCUACACAACUUCCUUUUACUUACCUCCAGUGUAUAGUCCCCAGCAGCAAUUCCCACUCUACAGCCUAAUUACCCCACAGACCUGGUCUACUGCACACAGCUAUCUGGACCCAUCUUUGGUAACGCAUUUCCCUAAUACUGGAUUCAUUAAUGGGUUUACAUCUCCUCCUUUCAAGCCAACAGCAUCACCUUUGUCUCUACGACCCUAUACACCCAGGAACAGGAAUCCUGGCAAGUCUCAUCUUCGGCAUACAAUACCUAGUACAGAUAGAGGUCCUGCACUUCUUGAUGGUCCAACUAUCUUCAACUUUACUACUGAUAGAUUAAUCAAUGGUGUGCGUGGGCCACAAGUACGGCAGCCAGGACAAACUAGAACAAGAAUGCCUAAUACGGCAAGUUUUGUCAAGAGGGAUGUCGGUACUGGCCGAGUGGAACCUACCACUAUUGAAACCUCCCCUGGUCUUGGGAGAGGGAGGAAAAAUUCUUAUGGCUACAGAAAGAAAAGGGACGACAAGUUUGUGAGAGGUCAAACACAGUCUCCUCCACCUAUAAAGCCUCCGUCUCCUAGCUUUGAAUUGGGACUGUCUAGUUUCCCACCUUUACCUGGUGCUGCUGGCAACUUAAAACCUGAGGAUUUCUUUGAGAACAGACUAUCUAGCUUGGUAAUAAGCACAUCAAAAGAUAAGAACAUCAAUGUGGAUGCAAGUACAAACACUGUCCCCCCUGGAAUCCCUCGGGAGCCGUUAUUGCCAGUCCCACCUGCACUACCAGUGACUUACCAGAGCCCUCCUUCCCCAUCGCAUUCUCCAGAUGAAACUAAAAUAGCAGACGUUCAGCUAAGAGAGUCUCCAACUAUUGAAAGGAUUUCAAACACACUCUGCACUGCUAGUAAAUCUGUUCAGGUCAAUGGAGCUGCUACAGAAUUAAGAAAACCUAGUUAUGCAGAAAUUUGCCAGAGAACAAGCAAGGAUGGCUCCACACUGCAGCCUUCAAAAGAACAGAAGCAGAACGUGCCUGUUUGUGUGAAGGAGGAAAGGAAGGUGACUGACACAUCCAUAGAGAAAGCCAGAGAAGCCCCUUCUACAAAGUCAAACCCAGGACGACCCAAAGACCAGAGGAGAUUAUCAGGCCGCAGAUCUCCACCUCCUUCUUUGGCUAUUGGAAAACGUGGGCACAAAGAACCUGGAAGCCCUCUAAAAUCUCCGCAGUAGAAAAGGGGGGAGAGGGAGGCCAAAGGGAGACCUACACAUCACAUGUUAGCGGUCAUGCCAUGCUUGUGUAUUUUGAAUCAGUUGCUGGAUAAGCGUGUGUAGCCAUCGGCAUGUGUUAUUCCAAAUUAGGUUUCAGAUAUGUUCCACUGAACCUUUGGUUUUUGGCACUCAAAUUGAUUUGCGUCUGUCUUCAAGGCAAGAACAUUUCAUGUCAAAAUGUACUUGUUACUGUGUAAUUCACAGUUUCCUUUCCUUUUAUGGGUUAGCACUAAAACUACCAGAAAGAACCUGGUUACUAAAAUAGUAAUUUUCUAAACCUACAAGCAAUUUAUUUGCUUAAACAUGUAUCUUUUUUUUUUCUUUUUUCUUUUGUUAUGAAUAACUUGUCCUUUGAGAAUUAUGUAGGUGCAAAUCUUACCAUGUAUAGUGCCUGUAUUUGUUUUUAUGUGCUACUAGCACUUGUCCAGCGACACAUUUGUGAAACACAAGUUGAUGUAAUCGAUAAUUUCAAAGCACAUUGUUCUCAAACAAUUUAGAGAGCAGAGUUCAAGCACCAAUGCUAUGCAUCUCUGCUUCAUGUAGGUUUUCAUUUGCCCUAUAUAACUAGAAGUCCUUUUGGAUUAAUGGUUUUUUUUCUUUGGCCCUUGGAUUUUUUAACACAUUGCUGCAUCUCCCAGUUGCCAUGAACUUUUCCGUUUUAAAUUGGAAAAUGGCGUGAUAAUUCAUUGGAGUUUUUUUUAUUAUUAUGGUGGGAGAUGUCCUAAAACCAUUGGGAAUAAAGGUUUAUUGGAAGUUGUUCACAAUAAAUACUUUUUGAAGGACAAGGAUGCACUAAAUUUAGCACGUUUCUAAUAAAGAAGAAUCUAAAUUAUUUUAGUUUGAAAUGUGUAUAAAAAAAAAAAGUAUUCAGAACAGCGCAACUUUACGCUGUAGGGUACUGUUUAUUCCAACCUUGUCUUUUUUUUUUUUUUUUUAGAAAUAUAUAUAUAUAUAUAUCCUUACAUGCUGCCAGAGGGACCUGCAAAAUAUACUUGCUGGGUUUAGGCAGUGAGUUAAACCAUUGGGGUAUUUUUGUUUUAGUUUUUUUUUUUUUGUUUUGUUUUUUUGAAGACAAAUAUUUCCAUCCAAUAUUUAAAGACUUGAAUUUUAUUUAAACUUGAAAAUGACUUUGCCUUAACUUUUGUAUAAGACAGCUUAGAUUUAAUUAAGUCUGACCCCCUAAUGGGUUGGCAUGAGUGAAAUACAAAAUUACUUGGGUUUCAGUGUGUAUCUCUGUUAUGACUGACCCUAGUAAUUAACACUGUUGUACAGGAACUAGCAACAGUUUUUGUAAUAUACCUUCAAGAUCUCAAACAUUUGAUCUUUUUUUUUUUUUCUCUUUUUUUCAGAUUGUUGAAAUGUAAAUGCAAAUAGUCAAUACUGUAUUAAAUAUGUGCACUUGGAAGUGUGUGCUUUGCUUGUACAGUUGUAAAUAAUCAGAACAUAUAAAAAGGUACCCUACGAAAAAAUGAUAAAAAUUAUUGUUCAUAUAUUAUAAAUGUUGCUGUUAAGCUGGAUGUAGAUAAACUAAAUGUUGUGGUUUCCAUCUUUCUUUCACCUACUUUAUUUUUCUAUUUUUUUUCUUUUUAAACCUGGUGUGUUGAACUGACUUUGCCUAUUUACUGCAAAAGGGAGAUUGCUAGAGUCUUAUUUGAAGGUUAAAACCCUCAUCUAUUUCAUCAGUCUUGAACUAUACACUCUUCACCACCAUUGAAGUAUUUUAAUAAUUUUAAGGGACAGUAUGUAUUUUGUGACUCCUGUAACCCCUUUUGUUUUUGGUAAAUCAUGACAAUAUGUUGUUUGACUACUAACUUUUUUUUUUUUUUUUUUUUUUUUUUUUACACAAUGCAAGCAUGCAGGAAUAAAAAAAAAGAAUCUGAAUUUCAAAAAAACACCACUUUUGUUCCCUGAGCCAGUAACAAUUGUAGUUUUGCAUAUUAAAUGUCAUCCACUUUCCACCUUUUUAAAGUAGUAUUUUUUCAUAAUCCUGUUUUUUUAUUUUUAUUAAAGGUGAUGCCAAAUUUCUGUCAGAUUAUUAAUCUAUCAUAAAUAUAUAUAUAUAAAAGCAUACAGUGGUAUGUCAAGAGUAUUUUAAAAAUUUCUCGCUAUACCAAUAAAGUAAACUCAUCCUUGCACAUAAAAUAAAAUUAGACGUAUGUGUGAAAUUCAUAAUAUCGCUUUUGGGCUAUCUACAGAAUGAAUCUUUUCUUUAAUCUUUUGCAUUAGAUUUGAAUGCAACUUGAUUUUUCCAUCUAAAAAUUGUUGAUACAUCGCCUGUGUUACAAAUAGUUGAACUGUAUUACUGUAGCCACAACAAUACAAUACCUAAGUACGCGGGGUUUUUAUGGUGUUUUUCCCCUCUUCAAAAGUUGCAACACUAAAAUGUUAUGUGUGUUCAUUGAGCUAUAACUACUGUGUGCAUCUACAAUACUCUUAGAUAAUGGAAAUAUAUUGAAAUACUGCAUAUUUUCUGUAAGGAGAAAUCAUAAAUUUGCCAUAUUUUGCCAGCCUAUGUAAUUCUUGUACAAUCCCAAGAUUUUCCACAUAUACUGUAUUCAGUACUCUUUGAAAAAAAAACUGUCUCACUUGUGUUAUGUGAGUACAAUUUUAAUAUACGAACAUAAAUUGUUUCCAGAUGUAACAAGUGUUCUUUAUGAUUUUAGUUUUGCUUUUUUUGUGUUGAUUAUAUAUAUUUUAAUGUGCUUUAUAAGCCCAGAUAGAAUAACAUUUCAAAUGAUUUCUAUAACUGCAACUUGGAGGCAGGAUGGAGUUUCACUAUUUUAGAAGCAAAGGAUUACUGCAUUGUACAAGGGAUUCCUUUUCCUGACUAUAAUCUGGUGUAUGAAGCAACAGCUUGGCGCUAUGGUACAUAUCUAUCUCCUCUGUUCAGAUGGUUACAUUUAUUUAUGUAUUUGUGAAUCUUUUACACUACCAGCUUCAGACAGUCGACCUGUGACACUGUAGCUGCGAUUACAUGAAAUAGACGCAUCUGAGGGUUUUUUCACUUUGUCCUUUUUCUUCCAUUAAGACUGGAAUCAAGCAUAUGUGUAAAAUAUUGGUAAUUUAAGGUUUUUUGUGACAUACAAUGUAAAAAAAAAAUGUCUAAUUUGAAACAAAAAAAAUGUAGGUUAUGAAAAAUAAAGAUUUAGGCACUGUUAUUUUUUUUUUUUUUUUUUUUAAUUCUCUUCCCCCAUACCCCCCAUAAAAAUAAAGGCUGUUUUUGUUUUUCAUUU